AUGCCUCGUCAAACAUCAAGACUACCAAAGAAGAUAUCAUCUCCUAGGUCAACUUCAAUCGUGAAAAAAUCUGUUUCUUCUAAAUCAUCUCCCACAUUUAAUACUUCAGACAGACUUCCCAAACCUAAUGAAGGUGAAUAUUAUGAAGAUGAUGAACAAAAAACUACUAAUACUAAUACUACUACUUCUGUUAUUACAAUUACUACUGUCAAACCAAAACUAACUGCUCAAACAGAAAAAAUAUCAGAACAAAAAUCAUCUAAUCAAUUAAAGCCAAUGUUGAAAAAAACUAUUGUAUACAAACAAGCACCAACAUUAAAUUCAUCAGAUGAAUAUUAUGAUGAUGAAAUUACAGAAACUACAUGGGUUAUUAAAUUAGGUGAUAAAAAUGUAACCGAUAAAGAUAUGCUUGAUUUUAUUAAUAGUCAAAUUAAUGGUGGAACUUUGUUACAAAAUAAUUCAACAAAACUUAAUACUACCUCCUCAGAUAAGAAUAAUAAAGAAACUGAAACAUCAUGGUUUUCAGUACCUGAAACAAAAAAUAUGAAUGAAAAAUGGAUUUCUCAAUUCCUUGAUAAUGAUAAUGAUAUAGAUAUAUCAGGGAAAAAUCGAUAUGGAAUUGCUUCAAGCAAUACAACACGUCAAUUAGUAUCUAAAAGUUUUUGGAUUUCUGAUGAUUUUGAAAAAGAAUUAAAAGAAAUGGACUUUUUAGGAAUGUUACGUAAUUCAACUGAAUUAAAUGAUAUUAUCAAUAAAAAAUUGGAUUUCUCUUCAUCAUUUAGCCAAGUUAGUAACAGUGCUUUGUCCAAUGAAUCAACAAAUACCUCAUCAAUUUCUAAUCCCGUGAAAUCAGUUUCACUUCAUUUUUGUCGUUCAGCAAGAGGAAUUAAUCAGUCUGAUCCGAACUCUGUACCUAAGAACACAAGUGAUGUUAGAUGUAAUAUUCCAAUUGCACAUUUAACUCCAAAAGGUCAUGAGCUUAAGUCUAUAUCCAUUGAUUUUGACGCUAAAUGUUUACCGAAACCAAAUCCAUUAUUACAAGGUGAAAAUGUCAUCAAAGUUGUCGGACAUUCACCACAAUCAAAUGUAAUCAAUAUGAGAAAUGAAACAAAAUAUCAUUCAGCAAACAUUACACAUACAAAAUAUGAUCAACCUGUCAAUAUACAAGCAGGUUCACAAUUCGAUUUCCCUGUGGAAGUAAAUCCUAAAUCAGUUUUAGACCUCUAUUCUGAUAUAAAAAAGAAGCGACUUGCAAAACGAAUCGUGAAAAGAAAAAAAAUAAGAUAUGGAGAAAGUGAAAACAAUGGUAACAUGAAUGUGAGAAUGAUUACACGACGUAUUAGACGUGUUUUGGGAAAAAUACAUUCAGAUAAAGCAUCUCCAGCAGAAGGUGAUAAUAAAAGAACUGUAGUGAAUAUAAAACGAAAAGACAUUACGACAGUUGACAAUGAUGAUACAUUAAAAGAUUGGAAAAGUUUAAUUCGUAGAAAGAAAGAUGAUAUGAAACGUGUAUUGAUAAAACGGGUUAAAGCGAAAAAACGAGAUGUUAAUGAACAUAUUGAAUCGUCAAAAUCUAAAGAGAGAUUUAUUGUACAAAAAAUUAGACGUCAUGUACAGAAAGAAGCAGAAGAAGCAAAGAAUCGUAUUCUUAUUAGAACACGCAAAAGAAAACGUAUUCGUAAAUCAACAUCCAUGGAAAAAAUAAAAGAACAUUUACAUAGACGAAGAUGGAGAAUUAGAAGACGACGAAUAGGACCUCAACCCGGAGCGACACCAGACACACAAUCGCCUUCCAGCACAACACCGGACGACGACGAUCUCUACAUCUACUACAUUGACAAGUCUGGUAAGAGGAGAAGACGACCUCGACCUCGUACAACACCAUCAGACACACCAACCAGCUCGACACCAGUCACCGGUUCAGUGAAACAACCCGGAGCGACACCAGACACACAAUCGCCUUCCAGCACAACACCGGACGACGACGAUCUCUACAUCUACUACAUUGACAAGUCUGGUAAGAGGAGAAGACGACCUCGACCUCGUACAACACCAUCAGACACACCAACCAGCUCGACACCAGUCACCGGUUCAGUGAAACAACCCGGAGCGACACCAGACACACAAUCGCCUUCCAGCACAACACCGGACGACGACGAUCUCUACAUCUACUACAUUGACAAGUCUGGUAAGAGGAGAAGACGACCUCGACCUCGUAAAACACCAUCAGACACACCAACCAGCUCGACACCAGUCACCGGUUCAGUGAAACAACCCGGAGCGACACCAGACACACAAUCGCCUUCCAGCACAACACCGGACGACGACGAUCUCUACAUCUACUACAUUGACAAGUCUGGUAAGAGGAGAAGACGACCUCGACCUCGUAAAACACCAUCAGACACACCAACCAGCUCGACACCAGUCACCGGUUCAGUGAAACAACCCGGAGCGACACCAGACACACAAUCGCCUUCCAGCACAACACCGGACGACGACGAUCUCUACAUCUACUACAUUGACAAGUCUGGUAAGAGGAGAAGACGACCUCGACCUCGUAAAACACCAUCAGACACACCAACCAGCUCGACACCAGUCACCGGUUCAGUGAAACAACCCGGAGCGACACCAGACACACAAUCGCCUUCCAGCACAACACCGGACGACGACGAUCUCUACAUCUACUACAUUGACAAGUCUGGUAAGAGGAGAAGACGACCUCGACCUCGUAAAACACCAUCAGACACACCAACCAGCUCGACACCAGUCACCGGUUCAGUGAAACAACCCGGAGCGACACCAGACACACAAUCGCCUUCCAGCACAACACCGGACGACGACGAUCUCUACAUCUACUACAUUGACAAGUCUGGUAAGAGGAGAAGACGACCUCGACCUCGUAAAACACCAUCAGACACACCAACCAGCUCGACACCAGUCACCGGUUCAGUGAAACAACCCGGAGCGACACCAGACACACAAUCGCCUUCCAGCACAACACCGGACGACGACGAUCUCUACAUCUACUACAUUGACAAGUCUGGUAAGAGGAGAAGACGACCUCGACCUCGUAAAACACCAUCAGACACACCAACCAGCUCGACACCAGUCACCGGUUCAGUGAAACAACCCGGAGCGACACCAGACACACAAUCGCCUUCCAGCACAACACCGGACGACGACGAUCUCUACAUCUACUACAUUGACAAGUCUGGUAAGAGGAGAAGACGACCUCGACCUCGUAAAACACCAUCAGACACACCAACCAGCUCGACACCAGUCACCGGUUCAGUGAAACAACCCGGAGCGACACCAGACACACAAUCGCCUUCCAGCACAACACCGGACGACGACGAUCUCUACAUCUACUACAUUGACAAGUCUGGUAAGAGGAGAAGACGACCUCGACCUCGUAAAACACCAUCAGACACACCAACCAGCUCGACACCAGUCACCGGUUCAGUGAAACAACCCGGAGCGACACCAGACACACAAUCGCCUUCCAGCACAACACCGGACGACGACGAUCUCUACAUCUACUACAUUGACAAGUCUGGUAAGAGGAGAAGACGACCUCGACCUCGUAAAACACCAUCAGACACACCAACCAGCUCGACACCAGUCACCGGUUCAGUGAAACAACCCGGAGCGACACCAGACACACAAUCGCCUUCCAGCACAACACCGGACGACGACGAUCUCUACAUCUACUACAUUGACAAGUCUGGUAAGAGGAGAAGACGACCUCGACCUCGUAAAACACCAUCAGACACACCAACCAGCUCGACACCAGUCACCGGUUCAGUGAAACAACCCGGAGCGACACCAGACACACAAUCGCCUUCCAGCACAACACCGGACGACGACGAUCUCUACAUCUACUACAUUGACAAGUCUGGUAAGAGGAGAAGACGACCUCGACCUCGUAAAACACCAUCAGACACACCAACCAGCUCGACACCAGUCACCGGUUCAGUGAAACAACCCGGAGCGACACCAGACACACAAUCGCCUUCCAGCACAACACCGGACGACGACGAUCUCUACAUCUACUACAUUGACAAGUCUGGUAAGAGGAGAAGACGACCUCGACCUCGUAAAACACCAUCAGACACACCAACCAGCUCGACACCAGUCACCGGUUCAGUGAAACAACCCGGAGCGACACCAGACACACAAUCGCCUUCCAGCACAACACCGGACGACGACGAUCUCUACAUCUACUACAUUGACAAGUCUGGUAAGAGGAGAAGACGACCUCGACCUCGUAAAACACCAUCAGACACACCAACCAGCUCGACACCAGUCACCGGUUCAGUGAAACAACCCGGAGCGACACCAGACACACAAUCGCCUUCCAGCACAACACCGGACGACGACGAUCUCUACAUCUACUACAUUGACAAGUCUGGUAAGAGGAGAAGACGACCUCGACCUCGUAAAACACCAUCAGACACACCAACCAGCUCGACACCAGUCACCGGUUCAGUGAAACAACCCGGAGCGACACCAGACACACAAUCGCCUUCCAGCACAACACCGGACGACGACGAUCUCUACAUCUACUACAUUGACAAGUCUGGUAAGAGGAGAAGACGACCUCGACCUCGUAAAACACCAUCAGACACACCAACCAGCUCGACACCAGUCACCGGUUCAGUGAAACAACCCGGAGCGACACCAGACACACAAUCGCCUUCCAGCACAACACCGGACGACGACGAUCUCUACAUCUACUACAUUGACAAGUCUGGUAAGAGGAGAAGACGACCUCGACCUCGUAAAACACCAUCAGACACACCAACCAGCUCGACACCAGUCACCGGUUCAGUGAAACAACCCGGAGCGACACCAGACACACAAUCGCCUUCCAGCACAACACCGGACGACGACGAUCUCUACAUCUACUACAUUGACAAGUCUGGUAAGAGGAGAAGACGACCUCGACCUCGUAAAACACCAUCAGACACACCAACCAGCUCGACACCAGUCACCGGUUCAGUGAAACAACCCGGAGCGACACCAGACACACAAUCGCCUUCCAGCACAACACCGGACGACGACGAUCUCUACAUCUACUACAUUGACAAGUCUGGUAAGAGGAGAAGACGACCUCGACCUCGUAAAACACCAUCAGACACACCAACCAGCUCGACACCAGUCACCGGUUCAGUGAAACAACCCGGAGCGACACCAGACACACAAUCGCCUUCCAGCACAACACCGGACGACGACGAUCUCUACAUCUACUACAUUGACAAGUCUGGUAAGAGGAGAAGACGACCUCGACCUCGUAAAACACCAUCAGACACACCAACCAGCUCGACACCAGUCACCGGUUCAGUGAAACAACCCGGAGCGACACCAGACACACAAUCGCCUUCCAGCACAACACCGGACGACGACGAUCUCUACAUCUACUACAUUGACAAGUCUGGUAAGAGGAGAAGACGACCUCGACCUCGUAAAACACCAUCAGACACACCAACCAGCUCGACACCAGUCACCGGUUCAGUGAAACAACCCGGAGCGACACCAGACACACAAUCGCCUUCCAGCACAACACCGGACGACGACGAUCUCUACAUCUACUACAUUGACAAGUCUGGUAAGAGGAGAAGACGACCUCGACCUCGUAAAACACCAUCAGACACACCAACCAGCUCGACACCAGUCACCGGUUCAGUGAAACAACCCGGAGCGACACCAGACACACAAUCGCCUUCCAGCACAACACCGGACGACGACGAUCUCUACAUCUACUACAUUGACAAGUCUGGUAAGAGGAGAAGACGACCUCGACCUCGUAAAACACCAUCAGACACACCAACCAGCUCGACACCAGUCACCGGUUCAGUGAAACAACCCGGAGCGACACCAGACACACAAUCGCCUUCCAGCACAACACCGGACGACGACGAUCUCUACAUCUACUACAUUGACAAGUCUGGUAAGAGGAGAAGACGACCUCGACCUCGUAAAACACCAUCAGACACACCAACCAGCUCGACACCAGUCACCGGUUCAGUGAAACAACCCGGAGCGACACCAGACACACAAUCGCCUUCCAGCACAACACCGGACGACGACGAUCUCUACAUCUACUACAUUGACAAGUCUGGUAAGAGGAGAAGACGACCUCGACCUCGUAAAACACCAUCAGACACACCAACCAGCUCGACACCAGUCACCGGUUCAGUGAAACAACCCGGAGCGACACCAGACACACAAUCGCCUUCCAGCACAACACCGGACGACGACGAUCUCUACAUCUACUACAUUGACAAGUCUGGUAAGAGGAGAAGACGACCUCGACCUCGUAAAACACCAUCAGACACACCAACCAGCUCGACACCAGUCACCGGUUCAGUGAAACAACCCGGAGCGACACCAGACACACAAUCGCCUUCCAGCACAACACCGGACGACGACGAUCUCUACAUCUACUACAUUGACAAGUCUGGUAAGAGGAGAAGACGACCUCGACCUCGUAAAACACCAUCAGACACACCAACCAGCUCGACACCAGUCACCGGUUCAGUGAAACAACCCGGAGCGACACCAGACACACAAUCGCCUUCCAGCACAACACCGGACGACGACGAUCUCUACAUCUACUACAUUGACAAGUCUGGUAAGAGGAGAAGACGACCUCGACCUCGUAAAACACCAUCAGACACACCAACCAGCUCGACACCAGUCACCGGUUCAGUGAAACAACCCGGAGCGACACCAGACACACAAUCGCCUUCCAGCACAACACCGGACGACGACGAUCUCUACAUCUACUACAUUGACAAGUCUGGUAAGAGGAGAAGACGACCUCGACCUCGUAAAACACCAUCAGACACACCAACCAGCUCGACACCAGUCACCGGUUCAGUGAAACCUGUAACCACUGAGGUUGAUUAUUACGAAAAUUAUGAAGAUAUAUCUACCACAAUUGGAGUAAAGAAAAUUUCGAAACGAACUACAAAUUCAAUAGAUCAGUUCAAGCCAAUUAUGAGGAAAACUAUUAUAUACAAAGAAAAACCUUCAUCAAAUUCAUCAGAUGAUUAUUAUGAUGAAGUGGUUGAAACAACAUGGGUUGUUAAAUUGGGUGAUAAAAAUAUAACUGAUAAAGAUCUACUCAAUUAUCUUAACAAUCAAACAAACGAUGAAGAUUUAUUUGAGCGUAAGAAUGGAAGUAAAAAUUCAGAUGAAAACUCAAUAGAAACGGAAACUUCUUGGUUUACAAUGGGUAGAAAAAAUAAUCUAACAGAGAAAGAUAUCAUGAAGUUCUUUGAUGAUCAACUAGACUUAGACGACCUGUUAAAAACAGUUUUACCAACUGGAAAAGAAAAAACACCUCCACGUGAAGUGAUCUCAAAGAAAGUUUGGAUCUCAGAUAAUCUUGACAAAGAAUUAAAAGAAUGGAAUUUUGACCAAAUUGUACAAGAUACAUUUAAGGAUAUAUUAAAACAAAUUAUGUAUAAUUUCUUUGUUUCGAACUAUUAUGAAUUAAUCUUGAAGGAAACUAUAAUUUAUAAUCGAAGUAACCCUUAUUAUCCAUGA